AUCCCACAUACACACAGCAUACACACAGUAUUAUACACACACCCUCUCUCCCAGACUCCCCAAUCCAUACGAGCGCGCCUUCUGAUCAGGGCCAGCAGCUUUGGAGCUGAAGGUGUGCAGCUGUUGCCAGUGUGCAUUCAUCUGGUAAGGGAAGACGGGAAGAAACGGAUCAGCUUCAAGAUCCUUGCAACAUCAAGCAGAACUUGUCAGAAGCCUUUCCUGGGAUUUUGAAGAGAACCCAAAGAAAAACCGCAAGCUGCCAGCAACUGCCUGGCUGCCCAGCAUCGCCACGAUGACUGAGAGUAGAAGGGAAGCGCUGGCGGCCGCUGCCCCGGAGCUCACCACUGCCUCAUCCUCAACAGCUGGCUCCAACACCACCAGCUUGGCCGGACCGGGCACAGGAGAGAAGGAUGAAGCCUUCUCCAAGCUGAAGAACAAGUUCAUGAAUGAGCUCAACAGAAUCCCAUUGCCAUCUUGGGCCAUUGUCUCGAUUGCUUUCGUAGCCAUCAUUCUGGUGUUGGCCUGCUGCUUUUGCGUCUGCAAAAAGUGGAUUUUCAAAAAGAAAAACAAAAAGAAGGGGAAAGAUAAGGGCAAAAAUGCCAUCAACAUGAAGGAUGUCAUGGAUGGGGCCAAAACCGAGGCCUUGAAGGAUGAGGAGGAUGCAGAGACAGGGCUGACGGAAACGCAGAAAGAAGCCGAGCCGAAGGAGGAAGAGAAAUUGGGCAAAUUACAAUACUCCCUGGAUUACAAUUUCACUGAGAAUACGCUCAUAGUGGGGAUCAUCCAGGCAGCAGAGCUCCCUGCUAUGGAUAUGGGAGGCACAUCCGACCCUUAUGUUAAGGUCUACCUUCUACCCGACAAGAAGAAGAAAUUCGAGACCAAGGUCCACAGGAAGACCCUAAACCCCGUCUUCAAUGAGCAGUUCACCUUCAAGGUACCCUACGUAGAGCUUGGUGGAAAAACGCUGGUAAUGACGGUCUACGACUUUGACCGCUUCUCCAAGCACGAUGCCAUUGGAGACAUCAAGGUGCCCAUGAACAAAGUGGACUUUAGCCGUGUAACAGAGGAGUGGAGAGAUCUACAGAGUGCUGAGAAGGAGGAGCAAGAGAAGCUUGGCGAUAUUUGCUUCUCUCUGCGAUACGUUCCCACUGCUGGGAAGCUGACGGUGGUCGUCCUCGAGGCCAAAAACCUGAAAAAAAUGGACGUGGGUGGCUUGUCAGAUCCAUACGUGAAGAUCCACCUCAUGCAAAACGGAAAGAGGCUGAAGAAGAAGAAAACGACAAUCAAGAAGAACACCCUCAACCCUUACUACAACGAGUCCUUUAGCUUUGAGGUCCCAUUUGAACAAAUCCAGAAAGUGCAAGUUGUUAUAACUGUUCUGGACUAUGACAAGAUCGGCAAGAACGAUGCCAUUGGUAAGGUGUUCGUGGGCCUGAACAGCACAGGCACGGAGCUGCGCCACUGGUCCGACAUGCUGGCCAACCCUCGGAGACCAAUCGCCCAGUGGCACGUGCUGAAACCCGAGGAGGAGGUGGACGCUCAGCUCGCCACCAAGAAAUAGGCAGGGCCACUUUUAGCUCCUUGCCUUGUAGUACUCUUUAGCCAGUUUGUGUAAAUACCUCAGUGAUAUAUGGGUCCAUCCAUGUAAGCCCUCCCUUUACCUUCUGAUUACACAAAGUAAAGCGUUCAAACGUCUCGCUUUUUUAAAAUCUUAGUUUCUCAGUUUGUGUUCCCCUUUUAUUUGAUUGAUUUCCUUCUCUGAGCCCUUCACCGCCACGACCAAAAGCCCCCUUCUUUUAAGCAAUAUGAUCUGUAUAGAUAGCGCAUGACUGAAAGAGUUUAUUGUAUCACAGUUGUAUAUAUAAGUAUGAAGACAAAAAUGAUUUCUAGUUUCUGUGUUUGUAUGUUGUUACCCGUUUCCUAAUCUGUGUAUAUCUCGAUGUUUUUAAUAAGAUGUUCUAUUUUAAAUUAUGUAAAUGCAGAUAUAGAGGAAAGCCAAUAUUAUAUAUCCCAGGAUUUAAAAAUUCUACCUUAUUACUUUAUUGCAUUCCAGAAUAAAACGACAUUCAACUCCAACCUGCGAGUGAGGAAAAUGUUCCGACUGUAAAGGACGGCGUCUGGCUUUAAGUUCAACAAUGUAGGGUAAAAAAAAAACAGUUGAAUAUAAAAACAAUAUGAGGCCAUUUACUGCUAUGGUUCUGUUUGGAAAAUUAUGCUGCUGGAAAUGUUCAAAGCACAUGCCUUCUAAUGAUAUUUCGCACUCGGUUCUCUACCAGGAUCUGCAGUAUUUAGGUUGAAAAGAUCACAUCUGAGUCAGUCUUUUCAUAUUUGGCUAAAUAUUUUUGGCUUAUUUUUUAAGAAUUUGUUGAGAAACGGACGUUUCGCAGAUUAAAAAAAGCACCAAGCUGUAGCCAUUGUGCCCUUAAUCUUGUUUAACAAUAUUAUGUUUAAACAGCCUUGUCUGGAAGUGUCAUGUUUUAAAAAGAUACAAAAUUGCAGAUCUGGACUUAAGGGGACUAUUUUUUAGCGCAAUUCAGCGUGUUGACUAUUUUUAGUAAAGUGCAUGAUGCUUUUUAUUUUUACGAUCUUUUACCUAAGGCCGGCGGACACCAGGGGGAGCCGUUCUGUUACGAUCCCCUUGCCUUCAAACAGAGGAGUGGCCUAAAAAGACAAAAAUCAAACUUUGUCUCAACUGAAUGUUGAGUUUCUAAACACUGCCAUUUUCAGGGAGGCGACUUAAGCUGAGACCCUCUCUUCAUGCACACUCCCACUUGCUAGUGGUCGUAGCUUCGGUUUUUCGGGAACAAUGUCUCUGGCUGCAACGGUGCCCUAAAUCGCAGUCUAUGCUUUACGUUGCCUUCUCACAGUGACAAUAGAGCUAGCCAUGUUUUACUGCCAAUUUUAACUUUUAUGUGGCUGCUGUUUUUGCACUGGACGUCUUUGAAACUCGCUCGUUGUCUUCUCUAAGAGACAUUUUUAAUUUGUGUCGGUUUACCUGCAGGGGGAGCCAGAGAUCCUCACAAGUAAAAAAAAAUCACGCUUCUCUGAAGCAGGGCAAGGAAUCAAAAAUAGAGGUGUGGGGAAAUUUGCUCCAUCUAUUUAGUAAACUGUACAUUAUUAGGAAUGGUUUAUGUUUAGCGACAAUUGCAACCUUUUUUUAAACUAGCCUAGUAUUAUUUCCAGAUUAUGAUUUAUGUUGAUUGUUAACAUGUUUUAUAGCUUUUUGCUGUUUAAAGGAUUGGCUUAAGGUGUUGAUUGGGAUUGCUUUGGUUGUUUUCAGCUAAUCCUAAAAUAAUCUCCACAUGGAGACUAAACCAUGAUUGGAGUUUUAAGACAAAUAUUGAAAAUCAAUUGUAUUCUUUAUUCAUAAUUUCAUAACCUAAGUGAAUGGACUCAAAUCUGUGCGUGCAUGUUCUUAAAUUUAGUCGAUAAGUUGGCAUGUGUGCAAAGGGUUUAUGCAAACUACCAAAUGCUAAAGCGAUAAAGUGUUUCUAUUAAAAGAAAGUAAUCUCAUAAAGAAUCCAGUCCCUUUUAAAAAUGUCCUAAACAGAGGGAGCGGAUUGGAGGACAUACAUAAUGUUAUUGAAACUGCAUGAACCUAAAAAAUUUGGACAGAAAAUUCAAAAUCUAAACUGAAAACAUUGAAGCUAGUUCCAUUUUUUCUUUUUUCUUUUCUUUUUUUAUAAAUGCAGGAAUAGAUUAUAAUCCAUGAGGCAAUGCAUGGCAGUCGAUAAUUUCAGUCAUUAUGUUUUUCUAAUAUGAAGGGAUGACUUGUAUUCUAAUGUACAGUUUUUAAACUGCUGAAAAAAACUGAUUGCAGUUUAUUAAACCUUCUUUAAACCAGUAGGAAGAGUUUACAGUCUGUUCAGUUACAUAAAUUAAUGAAUCUGAAUGUAAGCCAUGCAUGUAGUUUUCCCAAAUUACAUGGAUCAAUUACUUAUGGUUCAUGAUUUCCUAAAAAAAAAAAAAAGUUCACAUUUCAAUUUAUCUAAUUUGGGAGAAAAAACUGCUGUUUGCAGAAAGGUUUUUCUUUACUAAGAAAUCUGAUCAACUGUUCUUAAACUGGUUGUGAUUUCUUUUGUACAGUUUUCUAAACCGAGGGAACAGCUAAUUUGUGUACAUUUUUAUAAAAAAAAAAGGAAGGUAUGAUUGUGCAUACAGUUUCCAAAACAGUGGACGUGGAUCUAAUAGGUUUCCUCACCUAGUGCACAUAUUAAAGUCCAUGCAUACAUUUUAUAAACUAAAAGAACAGAUUUCAAACUCUGCGUACAGUUUCCUAAACCGAGAAAAUAGAUUUCCCCCGCCUCCUUUUUCUAUUCCACCUUCUUGCCUGGCACCUUCGGGCCACAGCAUCUGUUUAAUUUUGUCGUUUACACACGACUACACCUGGAAAGCAGGUAAACAACCGUAAAAGUGAGUGGUCUUCUUCGUCCAUCUUGUUUUUUUUUUACUUAAGGGUCCAAUUAGGAGUGGAAUAAUUCAUAGAAACCAUGAAGUCUUGGAGGAACCUCUUGCUUAUAUCGAUGCUUACACUUCAGGAGGACUUUCUAAAUGUUUUCAAUGUUAUUGUGUAGUUGAUAGCACUAUUAUGAAAAAGCUACUUGUCAUUCCAUAGGAGUCUCUGACGACUGCUUUGUGUAUCACUGUGACUGCCGUGUGUGCUUAGAGAUGUAGAUUUAUCAGUAGGUAGCAGGUUUGUUCUGUAGUGAUGUCGUAGCGUUUAACGCCAUCCCCCCCUUCCUGCCCCCUCCUCCUCCAUGCAACCAGAGAGAGAAAGAGCGUGCCGACGUCACGCGUGUUUAUCCGAGCGGGUCGCUUUCACAGCCUUUUGUUUGAGCACUGUGCAAUACUUGUAUGUCCAUCCCAUAAUGUUAAAAUCAGCAGAGAGGAUGACGAUCGUCCUUCCAGGCCAGCGGUUCAGGCGCAGCGCACCGUAGAUCCAGCUUGUUCACCUCUUCUUAAAGUUUUCCUCCCUAUUUUUUCCGCAGGUCCGUUUUUCUCUUGCACACAGUUUAGCAUCAGAAGUUUCAGGGAGUCUUAGUUAAAAACCAAACAAGAUGAAUAUCCCUAAAAAUGCCAUGUAUAUAUCCACACCAUGUCAAAAAUCAAUAUAAAGGGAGAUAAAAUAUAACUGGUUCAUUUCUGUUUUUAAGCCUCAUCAUUCUUUUUUAUUUUCUGCCUUAAGUCAAAAUCUCUUUUUAUAUUUAAGAAGAAAACUCUGAAUGUACAGUACAUACUGUGUUGGUGUAGAUUUCUUUAAUCGUGAGAUUAUUACAUGUACUUUGCACUUUUUUGUUGUAGAAAAAAGUAAAUACAGUAAUCUAAAGGAUUUUUAAACUCUACAUUCAUGUCCAAUGCGAAAUAAAAGCUCAAUCCUUCCACACGGCUUCAUCCCUAUUGAAGGCUUAAAGUGCCACAAUUCAAUGAAAUGGCUUUACUUUACAUGUGUGAUCAUUGGAAUAUACUUUGAAUAAAUACAUUAAAGCAUUCAAAAAUCUAUAUUUUAUCUAAAGGGAGUAAUUAAUACAGAAAAAUAACCAUGAAUAGGUUUUUAGUUACUUUAAUUUUGUUCAACAAACUAUUAAGAAAUAAUUUAAUCUGACAUCUGAUUGGUUGAUCUGCAUUCAGCGUGCUCUGCUGACUUGGAUAAUAAAAGUGUAAAACGAGCAACACUUGCACAAUAAAGAUUUUUAAUCAAAUGCUAUAUGCUUAUAAUUUCAAUUUAUUUAAAAAAUUUAAAUAUUAAAUAUCUGAUAUAAA